UCCCCCCUCUGACUCUGAGUCACUCUGCUGCAGAUUUUGCCCCUACUCUCAUAUGCUCACUACUGCUAACUACUACAGCUGAGAGGAGUUUCUAGCUGCCUGGCUGAUUUCAAUACCUCCCUCUCUUAUCCUUCUACUUGUAUAUUGACCACAUAUAUUUCAUCUUUCUCACUCCUAGUUAUUCCAACUCCAAAACUCCAAAACUCCAAAGGAGUUUGAGAAAAAUGGCCAGAGCUAGAAUACCUCCUAAAUUACUCUUAGUACUGCUUUUCACAUUAAUCUUUGCAACUUAUGUUAUACAAGGAUCCAGAACUCAAGUAGCAGCACUCCAAAACCAUCAAAGGGUCUAUGGUUCCUCUCCUUCAAAAGGAGAACAACUUAAGCAGGGUAGUGAGGAAAAGAAGAACUACGCAAGGAGACUGAUGAUUGGAUCCACAGCACCAACAUGUACUUAUAAUGAAUGCAGAGGAUGCAAGUACAAGUGCAGAGCUGAGCAAGUCCCAGUAGAAGGAAAUGACCCGAUCAAUAGUGCUUACCACUACAGAUGUGUUUGUCAUAGGUAACCAACCACAUUUAUCGUGAGAGUUUCAGUUGAGGAUUGAGUCUGUUUUCCAAUUCGAAUGGAUAUCAUGCUAGCAGCGGCACAAUCAUGCAAGAAAAUAAUUUAAUCCAAUGUUUGCUGGUAUAGCAAAAUUAAGUUCAAAGGGUGUUAAUGUAGCGUGCUAUGAAUUUUUGAAUGAUGAAAACUGCAUCAAUUUUUGGUGAAUUUUACCCGUCAUUGUCAUUUCAUUUUACAAGUUUGAGUAUAUCUUUAUAUUCUUUGUAUUUUUCUUAUAAGAUUCCAAACUCAGAAGUUGUAUCUGAGAGUCCAUGAAUAUCUAGAAUAUAUAGAUUUUUUUGCCUUCUCUAUGUUUUAGGUCUAUUUGUAUUCAAAUUCCCUAGUUAUAUAAGACAAUUUUAUUAUUGGA